ACACGCAAGCAACGUACAUGAAAACUAUUUAGCUUUGUAAAUCAAUUAUAACUAUGUUAUAAGCCGGACGAGGUGAGCGGGCUCCCGCGUCUCCUUCGCUAAUUACUACAAAAACAAUCAGGCUAGCAUGUGAGAUAGAGAGACAUAAGGUGCCCCUGCCCCGGAAGACGGCAAAAUGGAUCUGAACGAACGGUGUCUUUGUACGACAGCAGCCAUACGAUAAGUGAAAUGGAAUGGAACAAAUAUUCUGUCCAUUAAUAAGCCACGAGAAUUUGUAAGAUUGCGGUCAGCAAUGCUAGGAUUUGUUGUUAUCAACAACAGCACAGGACAGGAGCAGCCGCGCUCUCCCAGUACAAAAUCAUGGAGGAGAAGCGGAAACAGUUUGUUUGUUCGGGUGGAGAUGCGCACCAAACGGAACAGAUUCAUGAUACGUAAGGCUUACUUAAUGGGAGACACACAACUCUAUAUGCAUGCGUUGCGUUAAGUAUAUACACUAGUGGGAUAGAUAGAGAUGGCCUCGAGAAUUGAUUUGACGCUGUGGCAAGGAAUGCGCCAUUCCGAACCCAGCCCCGAAUGGUGGGUCGUAUUGGUCGCUGACUCACUUCCUUGUCCCCCUGCCCCACACACGUAUACAGACACGAAGGUGUCUGUGGGCUUUUUUCGGUUCUUUUUACCACGUGACAUGAUGUGCCCCGAUGGUUGCCCUUUUUUUUCUGAAGGCCUAAUUGUGUAGGUUUUUUUUUGGUUUUGCUGUAAGAACACCGAAUGGCCUCUGCCAAAAGCGAUUGAGAUAUUGUACUGUAUUGAGUUGGCGGCGCGUGCAUGGCUAUGGCUUCACGAAAAACUGCACAGACAGAGACUGCAGAGAGUGACUCAACCACAACAAGGGGAGAAUCGCGCAUUUAUUUCCAGCCGCAGCGCGCCUACUGGUGCGGGGUUUAUGUAAGGUGUGAAAACCUGUUUACUCUUCCAUUAUUUUUUAACGCCAGCCUUUAUUUCAUAAGAAACAAACGUGUAAUCCCAAUACCCGCCUACACACACGCCUAUUUAACUGUUUAUCAUUCGAAUUAAUUCUUAUCUAACUCCUUCAUCUUUUUGUGCCAUCGAAGAGGGCGACCGUACACCACGUUCGACCCUUCCGCGUGUACUCUUUCGUUUUAAACAGUUUCCAUUCCCUGCUACUCUGCUUUCGUGGCGGAACAUAAUCCUACUCUCUAACACUUACUGGGUAAUCAUAGUAUGCUUUGAAACAAAUGAUAGCUCGGAUGGGAAAUGGCUGGCUGUUCCGGUACCGAACCGAACCGCAGCGCAUUUACUCUUUCACACAUUCUCUAACAACUAUUUUUCUACUAAAAGAAAAGGAAACAAAUAGAACAGCAGCAUCAGCGGCAAAGACAUUCCGAUACGCUAGCUGUGUUGCCCCUGUCCUUUUUGGUACAAACAGCCACAAUAACGAACGCGAUAUAAUACAGUACACAUAAGUUUUGCGCCAUUCAGUUUUUGUGACGGCAACGGUUUUGUUCGUUUCGAGAGUUUCAGGAUACAGAGCGCGGCAGCGCCUUGAUGAGCGAAAUCAUUAGAAUAUAUAUUAUUACUGUAAACUCAAAUGCUCUCCCCACUCGAAACACAACGCAGCCGCAGAAAAAUGAAAUCAUAUUCCUGAUAAUUGGGCACCGGUAGCAGGUGGUAGCGCGGCUGGCAACAGCAGAGCCCACUGCACUACGGCAGAGGCAUUAAAUAAUUAAAAGAAAAAGCGGAAAGGAAAGGAAAACAAGUCUAUAAAACAUAUACAUAUAUAUAUAGACACAAUAAAACACUACUGAAACACGGCAGUAAUACACGCAAAAUGCGGCGUGCCAGUGCAAGCGUGCCAGCGGUCAGCAUCAGUAGCAGAAGCAGCAGCCGCAUCAGCCGGCUAGCGUUGUAAAUAAAAGAAUCUUUACAGUGUAAUAAAAACAAAUAAAAGUGGUUAUGCUCGAGAGGA